AACAGAGAAGCUAACAGGCUAACCACAGCGGUGAAAAUAUCAGGAGCCGUAGGCUAAAUAAGACUCCUCGACAGCUACUUUGAGACUUUGAAUCUAAUAUGGGGAAAGGCGGAGGCACAUUUGAGAGGCUUCUGGAUAAAGCCACCAGUCAGCUGCUGCUGGAGACUGAUUGGGAAUCCAUUCUGCAGAUCUGUGAUCUCAUUCGACAAGGAGAUGCCCAAGCUAAAUAUGCCAUUGGGGCCAUUAAGAAGAAGCUGAAUGACAAAAACCCACAUGUUGCCCUCUAUGCACUUGAGGUCCUGGAGUCAGUGGUGAAGAACUGUGGCCAGACAGUCCACGAUGAGGUAGCAAGUAAACAAACGAUGGAGGAACUGAAGGAUUUACUCAAGAAACAGACGGAACCAAACGUCAGAAACAAAAUCCUUUACCUGAUCCAGGCCUGGGCUCACGCCUUCCGCAACGAACCCAAAUACAAGGUGGUUCAAGACACCUAUCAGAUCAUGAAAGUGGAAGGUCAUGUGUUCCCUGAGUUUAAGGAGAGUGAUGCAAUGUUUGCAGCUGAGAGGGCUCCAGACUGGGUUGAUGCAGAGGAGUGCCACCGGUGCAGAGUUCAGUUUGGAGUUAUGACAAGAAAGCACCAUUGUCGAGCCUGUGGCCAGAUUUUCUGUGGAAAGUGUUCGUCUAAGUACUCCACCAUUCCGAAGUUUGGCAUAGAGAAGGAAGUGCGUGUGUGUGAGCCGUGCUUUGAGCUGCUUAACAACCACCCCUCCCUCUCUCCUCCCCUUAGGAAAGCUGAAGGUAAAGCCCCCUCUUCAGGCCCUGCCGAGCUGCCUCCUGAGUACCUGACCAGCCCGCUGUCUCAGCAGUCACAGAUGCCCCCGAAGAGGGACGAGGCAGCGCUGCAGGAGGAGGAGGAGCUGCAGCUGGCCAUUGCCCUUUCCCAAAGUGAGGCUGAGGAGAAGGAGCGGAUGAGGCAGAAAAACUCCUACUCAAUGUAUCCCAAAGCUGAUCCCACUCCAGUGACUUCCUCAGCACCACCAGUCAGCACCCUCUACACCCCCCCUGUGAACUCCUCUGCUCCAUCAGCUGAAGAUGUAGACCCUGAGCUGGCCCGUUACCUGAACAGAACUUACUGGGAGAAGAAACAGGAAGAGGCUCGCAAGAGUCCCACCCCCUCAGCCCCUGCCCCUGUGCCAUUGGCUGAGCCCCUUCCAGCAACUAUCAGUCAGCCUGUAGAAAGUCACGUCCCUGUCCAGCCAGUCAACAUAGUGGAGCAGCAGUACCAGAACGGGGAGUCGGAAGAAAACCAUGAGCAGUUUCUGAAAGCUCUGCAGAAUGCUGUCACCACAUUCCUCAACCGCAUGAAGAGCAACCACAUGCGAGGUCGCAGCAUCACCAACGAUAGUGCCGUGCUCUCGCUCUUCCAGUCCAUCAACAACAUGCAUCCACAGCUGUUGGACAUCCUCAACCAGCUAGAUGAGAAGCGAUUGUACUACGAGGGGCUGCAGGACAAGUUGGCUCAGGUGCGCGAUGCUCGGGCGGCCCUCAACGCCCUUCGGGAUGAACACAGAGAGAAGCUGCGUCGUGCCGCAGAGGAAGCCGAGAGACAGAGGCAGAUCCAGCUGGCACAAAAACUGGAGAUCAUGAGGCAGAAGAAACAGGAAUACCUGGAGAUGCAAAGACAGCUGGCCAUCCAGCGCCUCCAGGAGCAGGAGAAGGAGAGGCAGAUGCGUCUGGAGCAGCAGAAGCACACGAUCCAGAUGAGAGCCCAAAUGCCUGCUUUCUCUCUGCCCUAUGCCCAGAUGCAGUCUUUGCCCCCCAAUGUGGCAGGAGGGGUGGUGUACCAGCCUGGUGCUCCACCCAGCUACCCAGGAACCUUCAGCCCUGCUGGUUCUGUGGAGGGUUCACCUAUGCACAACAUCUAUAUGAACCAACCUGGGCAGACCGCGCCACCACAGUACCAAGCCAUGCCCGGUGCUGCCACAGAUCCAAAUAUGGUCAACGCGUACAUGUACCAGGCUGCAGGCACCAAUGGGCAGCCUGCUCCUCCUCCCGGUCAGGCUCCCCCCACCACUAGUCCACCCUACUCCAACUAUCAGCCCACACCCACACAGGGAUACCAGAAUGUGGUCUCUCAGGCUCAGAGUAUGCCCCCCAUGUCCCAGGCUGCCCCCACUAAUGGUAUGGGUUACAUGGGCUACCAGCCAUACAGCAUGCAGAACAUGAUUUCAGCAUUGCCAGGACAGGACCCCAAUAUGCCCCCCCAACAGCCCUACAUGCCAGGCCAGCAGCCCAUGUAUCAACAGGUGGCUCCCCCUGGUGGCCCGCAGCAGCAGCAACAGCAGCAGCAGCAGGCCCCUCAGGCUGUGCCGGGCAGCGCGGAGGCACAGCUCAUCUCCUUCGACUGAAAGCUCAUGCGCUGCAGGGUCUGCCCCACUACACCCCCCUCUCCUCCGUUUUGGUCUUUCCCCUCACUCUCUGGACUCUGAGGAUGCCCUCUGGAAACACACACACACACACCUCCAACCUUCCACCUCGCUGUGAUGUUGUGGCAAUGUAAAAUAUUGUGAUGAUGUUGCAGAACUUUUGCUCUCCUUGCCUCUACCCCUACUGAAGUAUGGGAAUGUGGGGUAAAGCUGCAAGAGAGGGCCCAUAACCAAGACCCUCUCACCUUCCUCCUCCCACUUUCCAGCUGAUAUGUAUGUAGUAUUUCCUUAUUAAAUGAAUAACUGAAGCUCAGAAAUAGUCAGUGGUAUUAAAGUUAAAAAAUAAUAAUAUGAUAACAAUUGAGGAGAAAAAACGACAAGACAUAACCAUCCUUUGUCUCAUAUUUUUCUAAAGCAAAAUUUGCAUGAUAAAUUUUCAUUAUUUUCCUUAGAUGGACGUGAAUUAUUGCAACCUGUCAUCUAUAUGUGCUGUUCAAGAGACUGUGUGUGUGGGGAUAAAGAGUGAUGUCUGGGGAGAGGAAGCACAGUCAAACACUUGAAAUAAAUCUCUCAUCGCCAUUAGGUUCGCAGGUUCCAUUUCCACUCGUAGUUUUUCAGUUCCAUCCCCCUCAAGCACACACAAACAAGGGUCAUCAUAUCUUGUUUUGGCAUUUAUUUGUCGUGCACUGCUUGCAAUAUUGAGUGUCUUUAAUGUAGUUUUUUAAAUGACAAAACACAUUGCAGGGAUUGUACAUUGUGGGAAGAGUGUUAGAAAAUUGGCUGGGUGGUGGUUAAAUCCUUACUUAAUACACUUUUCUGGACGAAAUCAUUUAAAAUGACCUUAAAAUAAACAAACUAAACCAGUCCAGCAACUCUAAAAGCAUCCAGCCUCUCUUUAUUAAAGUUAUUGGUUGCUCAUCAUUAAGCACCGCCACAGAAGCAUAAGACCGUAACCUAUAAUUCCAGGCACUCCACACUGUGUGCAUUUGGUUGGAUUGGUCACAGAUUAAGAUGUACACAUAGUCAGCACAGGUGGGCAGUGUUUUCUAAAGUGUGCUUGGCUCUCCGGAAUUGUGGAAAAUGCUUGCAGAGCGAACAUGACGCGCCGCAUGUAUCGAUCACACACCCAGUGAUUUCUGUAACCCUUCAGUUGCUAUCUGUGAACUUCUUUAUUCCAUCAUACCGAUCUGUCUGACUUUAAAGUAAUUUUGAAAUUAUAUUUAAUAAAUAUCUGGUUCUUAUUGUC